GGAGACUUUAUCGAAGGGCUGCCAUGCUGUACAAGUAUAGCGAUAGCCAAUUGCAUGACAGAUGGAUCACUAGAAAACAGAUAACAUGGGAAUGUGUGAUGGACAACCUCGAGAAGACUUGGAGAAGUAUACAGGGCACGUGACUGGCUCUGGAUCGGGAAGGUGGCAGCGGCUUCCCCAUUCAGGCAACCGCAUCGACUCCUUCAAGUAUUCUUAUCGAUAAAGUGCGGCCUCCUCUCCUGACUUUGCCAGUUCCGCCCACUGUACAUUGUCCACUGUCCUCCUCGUUACGCGCGCAAUCUUAGAGAAGAAGCAUUUUUCGGCAUGGCAGCCCAUGGGAUUCCCCGCUACUCGCUCCAAGGCGAGCAGACCGAAGAAGGUCGGCAGAAAGAACUUCAGAAAAUCGAGAAAUAUCGCCAGCUUGAUCAAUCGGUCCGCGAGAAGAUCGCGGAACAACAAUAUACGCCAGAGACUCUAGAGAAAAUAGCCGAACUACUGACCAGCAACCCGGAGUACUAUACCGUUUGGAAUUAUCGGCGCCAGGUGUUGCGCAAUGAAUUCUCACGAGCAGCUUCAGCUGGCUCAAACGAAGCAGCUGCUGAGCAGAUUGCGACACUAAUCAAGAAUGACCUACUAUUCACGGUUCCCCUCCUGCGUAGCUUUCCCAAAUGCUACUGGAUAUGGAACUACCGUACUUGGCUGUUGGAUGAAGCCAAGCGUCUGCUUCCAGUACCUGCUGCGCAAAAAUUCUGGCAGGAGGAACUGGGACUGGUAGGGAAGAUGCUUACCCUAGACAGCAGAAACUUCCACGGCUGGGGUUACAGACGCUUUGUCGUAGAGACGCUGCGAGAGCUCAAAUCGGAGAAGCAGGAAGGGCAACAGAUGACGCAGACAGAGUACGAAUAUGCAAAGAAGAUGAUUGGCGCUAACCUCUCCAACUUCUCGGCCUGGCAUUAUCGCACGAAACUCAUUCAGCGCAUGUUGAACGAGAAAUCCGCUAGCGACGCGGAGCGAAAAGCGAUGCUUGACAAUGAAUUGGACUUGAUCCAUCGUGCCCUGUGUGACCCGUAUGACCAGUCAUUAUGGUUCUAUCAUCAAAACCUAAUGUGCGUCUUUGAUCCAUCCGUGGCGGACCAGACGCUGGCACCGCACUUGAGUGAUGCCGAACGCCUCGAUUAUCUGCGACAGGAAAUCGACGAGAUUCAAGAGAUGUUGGAUGGAGCUGAGGAUUGCAAGUAUAUUUACCAAGCAUUGAUCGAUUGUACGAUGUUGGCCUGGAAGGUGGAGGGAAAUGCGCCCAGUGGAGAGACGGAAAAGAAGGUCCAGCAUUGGCUGUCGGAAUUGAAGAAGCUGGACCCGCUGCGACUCCAACGGUGGCUGGAUUUGGAACACUCCCUCAGCCGCUGAGCCAGUCACCACCCCUUACCGAUGCGAUAUGUAUAGUAAUCUAUAGACGCCAUCUGCGGGGGGAAUGAUUUUUUGCUUUGUUUAAUGGAAGAUUUUCCGAUCUUCAA